AUGUCCGUUCGUGUUGUUGCGAGGAUACGCCCGCUGCUGGAGACAGAGCUGGACAAGGACAUCAUUGUUCGUCCUGACGGCGCCGAGGCAGGGGGGCCGCACACCGUUGUCAAGAUCCCCAACCCGAAGAACCAGGCCGAGGACUUUUCCUUCGCGUUCAAUGCCGUGUACGAUCAGUCGACUUCACAGGAGACGCUGUUUACUUCCGAAGUACAGCCGCAUCUCAAGUCAUUAUUCCAGGGUUACGAUGUCACAAUAUUCGCUUACGGCGUCACUGGUACGGGAAAGACGCACACCAUGCGUGGCGGCCUCAAGCUUGCCGACCGAGGAGUCAUUCCCCGACUCUUGAGUGGCGUGUUCCGGAGGGGGAAGAAGAUAGCCAAGGACUCGGACGGCAACACGACGGUAAAGGUCAGUCUGUCGUACUACGAGAUUUACAACGACAAGGUGUUCGACUUGCUCGAGCCGCCCGAGCAGAGAACACCUUCCGGGCUGCCUCUUCGCGCCGAGGUCAGCGGGAGGACUGUCGUGGCUGGGCUAUCUGAACGAGCCUGCGAGGACCUCCGAGACUUCGAGAAGCUGUACAUUGAAGCCAACAACAACCGUGUUACCGCGUCCACAAAGCUGAACGCGCACAGUAGUCGGAGUCAUGCCAUUUUACGCGUCAAGGUUACGCAAACGACGGAUGGUAUGAUUCGCGAGAGUACUGUAUCUGCCAUUGACUUGGCGGGUUCGGAAGACAACCGUCGCACCGACAAUGGCAAGGAGAGGCUUGUCGAGUCGGCGGCUAUCAACAAGAGUCUCUUCGUCCUCAGCCAAUGUAUCGAUGCUAUUUCCAGAGGCGACAAGCGCAUCCCGUACAGAGAAUCCAAAAUGACCCGUAUUCUCUCCCUUGGUCAGAACAACGGAAUCACUCUCAUGUUCUUGAACCUGGCUCCUCUUCGCAGCUACCACCUUGAUACCCUCAGUAGUCUAAACGUCAGUUCCCGAGCUAAGCGGAUUGAGGUUCGCGAGAUAGAAAACGAAGUAGUGUUCAAGCAGUUCCCGAGGACGACGGGGUCUAAUGCCGCUCAGCGCCAGCCACUCCGACCGCUCGCUCACGCCUUGAGCGCUCACAACGUGCACAAUGGCAAUGUGGCUGCCAAGGCUUCUGCGGAUGCAAUCCGACCGACAAAGUCGUUCAGCGUUUACACGGACAAGGCUAAGCAGUCUCCAGCCAGGACCAUCGCCACAUCAACGUUGCUGCCGCGCCCUGCCGUCAAUGUCAGUUUGGUGCCUCGCCGCAGCACUGUCCACAAGCGUCCGUCGGAUCACGAGAGUGGAAUCGCGAGACCCAGCAAAGUUGCUCGGCGGUCAAUUGAUGAGCCAGCCAUCACCGUCACUGCAUCGCAGAUUGAGGCCAUGGUGGAGAAGAAGGUCGGCGAGAUCUUGGCAGCAAGGACGGCUGCCGAGAAGGCGGUGCAAGACCAAAAACGCACACCUUCCCGACGUGACGUCAGCGAAGCCAUGCAGAGGCGCCUCGAGGCGCUGGAGCGGCGCAUGGAGAGUGACAAUGCUCGCGUGGACUCCAAGUCCGAUGGCCUGCGUUUUCUGCUCGCUGCCAGGCAACACAGGGAGAAGGGUGACGACGCCUCCGCCUUGAGAGCCUACGAGAUGGCCCUCCCAUUCUUCCCAGGACAGGCCAAGUUGAUUGGAAAGAUUCAACGCCUGAGAAAUCGACUGGGAGUUUCUGUUGAACAAACCUGCGUCAUGGGGAGCCCCUUGAGACAUGACAGGGGAUCGAGACGGCCACGCCUCACGAUUCACGCUGAUGGCACAAGCUCCGAGCAGGACGACGCGGAUGUUGAAGAGGAGACUUUGGACGACCAGACUAUGAGGAUCAAGCCACGGAAGUUGCGAUCCAAAUCGACAGCCAAGCUGCACGUAUACGACGAUGCCAACGAGACCACGGCCAGACUAGGGGCUCGGGACCUGGCUCCGCCAGUGGGACUUGUGAGUUACUAA